CAGGCGCGCAUCAUUCUUCAGAAUAAAGGAUACGCCUGAAUUGUGCAGUCGACACGUCAACUUCUGUGUCUGUUUCAAAUGUAUUACUACUGGCCGACUCAAAGUCUGAGGCCGGUAACAUCAACAGUGAGGACAAACCCAGCCUGCCUCUCUCCUUCCACACUGAGUCCAAACCUACAGUCACUGGGUCCUGAUUGUGACAGUGGAGCCCAGUUUGCACAGCAGGAUCCAGAAAUGGCAUCAGUGAAGCUGGAAGACUGCAGUCAAACACUGGAGCUGAAUGUCAACAUUAAAGAUGAAGAAGUGGAGGAGAAGAUUGGGACAUCUGUUUCUCAUGGAGACCAUGUUGAGACAUUCUCUACAUCCAGAGAGCAACAGCAGGAAGAUCACAGAGCUAAGAGGUCUCACCACUGCCCACAUUGUGAGGAGAUUUUCCCAUUUCUAUCAAAGCUAAAAAUACACCUAAAAAUACACACAGGAGAGAAUCCGUAUUCCUGUACUGACUGUGGGAAGAGAUUCACAACAUCAAGGAAUCUGACAGUUCAUCAGAGUGUGCACACUGGAGUGAAGCCUUACUCCUGCUCUGACUGUGGGAAGAGUUUUUCUCGAAUGAACUUCUUAAAAACACAUCAACGUAGACAUACAGGACUGAAGCCUUACUCCUGCUCUGAAUGUGUAAAAUUAUUCACAACAUCAGCUGAGCUAAAAGUUCAUCAGAGAACACACACAGGAGAGAAGCCUUACUCCUGCUCUGACUGUGGAAAGAUUUUCUCUCAACUUGGCCCCUUAAAAAGACAUGAACGUAUACAUACAGGAGUGAAGCCUUACUCCUGCUCUGACUGUUUAAAAUGCUUCACAACAUCAGCUGAGCUAAAAGUUCAUCGGAGAAAACACACAGGAGAGAAGCCUUACUCCUGCUCUGACUGUGGAAAGACUUUCUCUCAACUGGGCCCCUUAAAAAGACAUGAACAUAUACAUACAGGAGUGAAGCCUUACUCCUGCUCUGACUGUGGGAAAUGCUUCACAACAUCAGGUCAGCUAGACGUUCAUCAGAGAACACACACUGGAGAGAAACCUUACUCUUGCUCUGACUGUGGAAAUAGUUUCUCUCUACUGUUCAACUUAAAAACACAUGAACGUAUACAUACAGGAGUGAAGCCUUACUCCUGCUCUGACUGUGUAAAAUGCUUCACAACAUCAUCUGACCUAAAAGUUCACCAGAGAACACACACAGGAGAGAAGCCUUACUCCUGCUCUGACUGUGGGGCGAGUUUCUCUCAACUGGGCACCUUAAAACAACAUGAACGUAUACACACAGGAGAGAAGCCUUACUCCUGCUCUGACUGUGGAAAGAUGUUCUCUCAACUGGGCCCCUUAAAAAGCCAUGAACUUAUACAUUCAGGAGUGAAGCCUUACUCCUGCUCUGACUGUUUAAAAUGCUUCACAACAUCAGCUGAGCUAAAAGUUCAUCAGAGAACACACACAGGAGAAAAGCCUUACUCCUGCUCUGACUGUGGAAAGAGUUUCUCUCAACUGGUUCUCUUAAAAAGACAUGCACGUAUACAUACAGGAGUGAAGCCUUACUCCUGCUCUGACUGUGUAAAAUGCUUCACAACAUCAGGUCAGCUAAAAGUUCAUCAGAGAACACACACAGGAGAGAAGCCUUACUCCUGCUCUGACUGUGGAAAGAGUUUCUCUCUACUGUGCAACUUAAAAACACAUGAACGUAUACAUACAGGAGUGAAGCCUUACUCAUGCUCUGACUGUGGAAAGAGUUUCUCUCUACUGUGUAACUUAAAAACACAUGAACGUUUACAUACAUGAGUGAAGCCUCACCGCUGAUCUGACUCUAGAAACUUUUUUAAAACAACAGCUGAGCUAAAAGGUAAUCAGAGAACAGACACAGGAGAGAAGCCUUACUUCUGCUCUUAAUGUGGCAAGAGUAACUCAAGUAAAACUGAAAGUCACCAAGUAGAAUACCACUUGAGUAAAAGUAUUUCGUUUUAAAUAUAUGUAAGUAUCAAAAAUAAAAGUAUGAAUCAUUUCAACAUAAAUUAAAUGUAUCAAUUGAUCAAUUGACCAAUUCAGGUCAUUUGGGCAAACUCCUGGCAGACUUGAUACAGUGCAGUAAUGUAAUUCUUCACUGGAUCAGUCAAACUUUUCACACACACUAAUCUAAAUUAAAUCUAAAUUACACCUAGA